AUGUAUCGGAAGUUGUCUAAGUUAGAACACUCGGAAAUAAAACAACUUCUAACAGAAGCUAACAUAGAAGUAGCAAAACAUUACGCGACAAACAAAAAAGCACUCGCUGACAUCCUCAAUGACUACAAUGGUGCUAUAAGUUAUGAUAGAAUUCAUGAGUUCAUAAAGCCGCAACGCGGCGAGGACGAAGUCCAUGCAAGAGCAUUUCCUUUAAAUGACGUUGCUAUUGACUUAUAUCAUAGACGUUCAGUACCUCAUGAAGUAUGA